CCCUACUGACUCCAGGACGAGCUGUUUGAUGACAAGCGACGAGGUCUCUGACUCCGUUUCCAUGGAUCUUAGUGGUAUUUUGGAAGCGAAAAAUCGGACGAUUCUCAAUGACGCCGCAGUCUAAAGAGCAUUUUACAUCAUAUUCGACCUCCACCCCCAGUUGCCCCACUUCCCGAGACCCACAAAGUUCUUUUUCUUUUGCAGGUAUGCAUGUUGUUCGUUCCGAUAUAAUUGAGCAUUUUCUUAAUAGUCAACUGUUGCAAUAAUUCAGUCUGUCAACAUUAAGUGAGCUUGUUGUUGAGCUUCUUGAGCAUGAUCUUCUUCAUAUCUCCGUUUUGUUGAGAGAUGGGCAUCUUCACGUGCUGAUUUAGAUACGUCAAUUCAUUGGAUGCAAAAAUCUUUUUGCUAGCAGCUUCUCUACCAUUAGGCAAUUUCCUACUACCCUUCUCCUAAAGAAAUGGCGCCCUCACGUCCGCCUCCUCUCUCGGCCACACAAGGCCUUUCUCAGUCUACAACGAGCUUCUCGAGCAUGCCUCGAAAUGCCUCUUCUCCUCUGGCCGCUACCAUGGGAGGUGGUAGGAGAAGCGCGAGUAAUGUUGGACGACCACCCGGACAAGGACAAGGACAAGGACAACUACAUGGUCAUCAGCAGCCUCCUUUCAUGCCCCCACUGCCAAAUACUGCAUCGACACCCAAAUCAAAGUCAAAUGGGGGGAUGCAGAAUGAUAUGAAGAUGAACCACCAAUCUCCUGCAGCUGGAGGAGGAUCAGCAGGGGCUUCGAGCAAGAGGAUGUCAGGAGCUCCUGGGGAUCAUAUCGGACAAGACAUAUCGUUGAUGCCUGAUAUUCGAACAAGAGGUAAAACACCUAAGGGUGGUACUGGUACAACAGCGUCACAGUAUAAUAGUGGUGUGGCUACUCUAGGUGGUGCUCCACCGGCGCCUCCUCUAACACCUGGCGGAAGCCCAUCUUCCCCCAAUCAUGCUCAAUAUUUAGACCGUACUACAAGUAGAACCAAUGUGAACCGCCAGUAUGCUGUUCCUGUGUCUCCGGAAUUCCGUAUGCCGAAGUCAGAGUUACUUGGACGAGGUACAACUCCUGAAGGCACGACGAGGACUAUAGCUCCUUCAAAUUCACCUUCAUCUCCGCCAGGUGGAUCUACUUCAUCCUCACGUCCUUUGUUUGGUGGUUUACUAGGCGUCCCGAUGUGUUUGUAUCCUUCAGAGAGAGGGACGUUUGCGCGAAUUAUAUCUCCAAUGAAUCAGGGGAAGAACAAGUUGUGGAAUCAUGGGGUGGAGGAGGAAGAAGAUGACGUUAUGAGGGUGAACACGUCAAUAAACAAACAUCGCGUCACUGCUCGUGGUCACGAUGAGGAAGCACAAGCCAGAAUCCAGAAGUUUCGAGCUAUGAUGCUCGUUGCCCUCGUUUUCAUGGGUGGCAUCGGGAUGCUAGUGCUGCUAGCGAUUAGGACAGGAGGUCCUGAUGACGAAGACACAAACGGAAAUCGCGUAUCAAGCGCAAGCAGUUCUGCCUCGUCUACGUCUCCUAAGGCUACAAGAAAUCCAUCUUUCCAACAAGCCACAUUUUGGUCCCGCUUUUGAAUAAAAAACGGGGUGUUGACCCCGCAGAUGGAUAUCUCUUACUUAGUUCUAAAUCAACCAAUGGUGCUCGGGAACUCCCUCUUUCCGAUGUCCAGAGUCAAAUAAUUUCCGCAAUCGCUACUGGCGCACCUCUAUUCAAUAAUGGGGACGCCUGUGCUGCGUAUCGGGCUUACGAUACCACGACUGUUGGCCUGUUGGAAGGGUAUAGCAUACCAAGGGAAGUGAGUCAAGCGUUGCAGAGUGUUAAAGUUACGGCUUUCCGAAUUACAUCACUACCAUCCUUGGCGCUUUUCCUAUGUGAAGAGAAGCCAGGUAUCUCUUUGUGUAAGUGAGUGGGUAACUCGUACUAGCGUGUAGUAUAGCAGGUUAAUGUACAACUCCCGCCAUCGCCGGAUCGCUCCCUGGAAAGUAUGCAGCUCUGCUCUUUCACCAUACGCUCGCGAUAAAAAAGGAAAGCUCUUCGGCGUGUAAUUACAAUAGUAAUUGUGAUUGUAAUUCCGUAACAAGCUCUAAUAAAGGGCUAGGGCGUACGAUGCAGACCUCAGAGGAUUGCUCUUGGGGAGCAUGGCAACAUCGGUUCGCAUUUGACACCAUAUUAGAAAUGACAACCUCCGAAGAGGAUGCGGAUGGUUAUGUGAAUCCCAUUGUCGUGGUUGCGGACCCGGUGGCAUCAUCGAAUCAGAUGAAUCCCAGCACAGGUGGUGCAGCUGUAGGUUCGGGCGCGACGCCCAGCACAGCGGAAACCUCUUCCUCUAGUUCAAGCUCCUCAAACACACGGCCAACGAAAACUUUAAGUGAAGUCCAAGGUCUGAUUCGGACUGCUAGUACAGAAGGCGAUCUAACUCUGCAGUCUGACGGCGCAGAAGCAGCAGCUAAUGUCUACAUGGCCCUAGUUAGAACCCUCUUAGACGACCAAAAUUCGAACCUGCCUCUCGACGUCGAGAUCAUUCUUCGAAGCGUGCAGACAAGUUUCAAUCGAUUUCUAGGGAAUUUGGGAACAACUACGGCGUCGACUCAGGACAUAGACAACCUAUGGAUGGGUCUGGUAUGGAGCAUUUUGGAGACCGGAUUCGAAAGGAUAUUGGCGUUGACGGAUAGUAUUAAGGUCAGCUUUUUUUAUCCAUCUUUUCUCGGCAUCUUGGUACCCUUUUCCCUUGUAUCCUCAUGUUGAAAUACAAGGUAUAAGGGGUCACGAUGAGGAGGCCGAGAUGCAAUCUAGCAGACUCUAAUAGUACACAUUCGGGAGGAGGUGGAACAGCAGGAGGGGGAUCGACGUGGUCUUCGGGAUCAACGUCGACAUCUGUCUCUGGUACAAUUUCGAACAGUGUCAGUGCUAAUCAGAACACUUAUGUGCCGCCAGGAGCUUCUGCUGCAGCAAACAGCGCUGUCGCUGGGGCUGCUGCCUCUGCGACUCCGUCCUCCUCCUCAGGAGCAUCCUCUACCUCAAGCGCCUCCGGUUCCUCAAGCUCCUCCUCUUCCUCAAGCUCCUCCUCUUCCUCAAGCUCCUCCUCUUCCUCAAGCUCCUCCUCUUCCUCAAGCUCCUCCUCUUCCUCAAGCUCCUCCUCCACAACCCCUAUCCUUUACCCUUUAAACCUUCCCAGUCUCGGUUCUGUGCAGGUAAUCAAUGA